AUGGCGAAACCAAAUACUGGUCAUCAAUCCUGGUGGAGUGGGCAAUCCCGUCGCAAGAAAGUCUUGCUGCUCCUAACCAUCCUAAUUAUCAUCCUUGGCCUUGCUCUAGGACUUGGUUUAGGCCUCACAAUCGGCCGUGAAGGCGGUGAGGAAGAGGAGGAACAACCUCCUACGACCAUUCCCCCAGGGACAAAUGGCACGACUUGGCAGCCAGCGGUGAACAGUACCUGGCAGAUUGCACUACUUCAUCCUUUGGACUUGUCGGACGGCGUCGAAUCGUUACGUCCCGACGUCGGUAUAUAUGACAUUGACUUGUUCACGAAUCCUCCGAGUACUAUCCAGGCACUACAUCGGGCUGGCAAGCGGGUGAUCUGCUAUUUCAGCGCUGGAUCUUAUGAGGAUUUCAGACCGGAUAGCUCACAGUUCAAGAAGGAUGAUCUGGGUAAAGAAUUGGACGGCUGGCCAGGCGAAAGGUGGUUGAAUCUAAGAUCUGAGACUGUAUGGAAGAUCAUCGAAGCGCGGAUGAGGAUGGCGAGAGAAAAAGGAUGCGAUGCAGUUGACCCUGACAAUGUUGAUGGCUAUCAAAACGACAACGGCGUCUCAUUAACCCAAGCCGACUCCGAGCGAUUCAUGCUCCGCCUCUCCUCACUUGCUUCCAACCUUUCCAUGUCAAUUGGGCUCAAGAACGCCGCUGACCUGAUUCCUUCCCUCAUUAGCCGCACGCAAUUUUCCGUCAAUGAGCAAUGCGUUCAAUUUUCCGAAUGCUCCAGUUUCUCACCGUAUAUCAGUGCUGGCAAGCCGGUCUUCCACAUCGAGUACCCACAUAAUGCGCCCCAGAUCGCCAGCAACGACACCUUCUGCAGAGACUCUGGACAAGGCGAAGGGUCUGAAUUGUUCAGUACUGUAUUGAAGGAUAUGGAUCUAGACGGGUACGUCCAGUUUUGCAAUGGGCAAACAGCCAAUACUACGCUAUCGUUGUGA